CUUUAAGCAGACGACAGACCAAAAACUGGAGUUUAAUACAAUAUUUUGAUAUCAAAUAUGUUAUUUUAAUGUAUUUUUAGGAAUAAGAAGAAUAAAAAUAUAAACAAACAACAUUUCUAACGUUGGAGGAUGUACUCCAGAUUUAAAACAGAAGUUUUACAAGACAGUAAUUCGGAGCCCACGAAGCCUGCCUCUCAGUUAACAUGUAAAGUUGUGAAACAGUUUAUCGAUGGGUUGAAGAAAAAGAAUGAGCCCAGUAAAGCAGCCCAAUGUUUAGGUCAAACAACUAAAGAUGACGUCAUGCGAUGGCUUGAUGAAAAUGACCUUGACCUUAUGCACCACGUGAUUUUACUGAACAAUCCUGAAGCAAUAGAAUAUCUGCUUUCUCAUGGCUAUUUCCAGGCUCCGUUUGAACCUAGGACAAAUCUUUACGCCCAUCUUGCAUGUUACCUCGGUUACAGAACUUGUCUGAACAUCAUUUUACAGUACCGUAAAGAUGAUAAUAGACCUAGCAAGAAAAUCACAUAUAAUCAAAACGGCAACGGAAUUACAGAGAGGCGUAGAGAGAUAUCACCUAUAGAUAUUGCAGCAGAAGCUGGUCAUCUUCCAUGUGUAAAACAGAUUUUGACACAAUGUGUGCUUCAAGAUCACGCAGAUUUCACCGAUUUCCCUUACGUUGCCUUAGCUUGUAUACCCCAGUCAGUUUUAUCUCUACAGCUAAUUCUCAAAAAAGACAAACCGAAAGCAGACGACAUUAAAAAGGCAAUAGAAGUAUCCCUGAUGAAAGCCAGUGCUCAAUGUCUCGAUCUUCUGCUACAGCAGAAGGUCAAAACAGAUGACAUGUUUGGAAAGAGAAACUUUUUUCACAUGUUGUAUACAUUCAGCCAGACGACGCAGUUUGGUACCGAGGGCUACAGACGACUACCGGAAGUUACUCAAGUACUAGUGAAACAUAAAUACAGUGUUAAAACAACAAAUCCUCCAAACACAUACCCAAUGUACAGCUUGAUAAAGAAUUCAGUCUGCGUGUAUGACUACGUCAACACGAGGCAUUACGUCAUGUGUCUUCGAAUUCUCAUCGAGGCUGGCGCAGAUCCAAAUUUUGAUGAAACCGAGGCUGAAAAGAAACUCAAUGCACGUGGUGUAAAAUCCGAACACGGUCGCAUGUCAUACAGCUCUGCAAUGCAUUGUUUAUUAGAAACAGUUGAAAUAUUUUCCGAAUAUUUAGAAUCAAAGGCCUUAGGAGUAAGGUUUGUUGUUCAGAUGGCAGAGGUGCUCAUCCAAAACAAGGCUCAACUUAAUUCAGUCGGAAGAAUCGGUGAUAAAACCAGUAACAGAUUUGGAACCGUUCUUCAUCAAUUCGCAAAAUGCUCUGUAAAACUCGGUGUAGACACAGAUAUAUUCAAAUAUCUCUUACGACAGGGAGCAGAUCCGAACGCUAAGGCUUCAAAUGGGAAAUACGUCAUUAACACUUUCCUUGAUAUACUGUUAUCAGAACUCAAAGAAUUCAGUUCACAUUCAACACCAGCGGACCACACGGAAAAUGUUCAGACUAUGCUCGGUUUGUCACUCUUCAUGACUCGUCAAUGUGUGAAAGAAACUCUUGACAUCCUGAACAAAGACUUUACGAAACCUCCACAUCAUAUGAAGAAGUACGUUCAAAUAGCACAAAAGGAGUUGUCCGAAAGAGCAAAAGAAGUCUGGCCUUUGAAACGCCUGUGUAGAGUGCUUAUUUGGGAUCUGUGUAAAAGAGACGCGUCUAUAGUGACCAAGCUCCCGACAGAUAUUGAAUCUAGAACAUACAUUUUACCGAGUAUAUGAAGAAUUCGUUACUUAGUGUGUCAGAAUCAUUUACAUUUUACAAACUGCAUUUGUCCGCAAACGAACAACAUGCAUUUUAAAAGCCAAAUUAUUGUUAAUUUAUUUAUUAAGAAUACAUAGAUAUGUACUUAA